AUGCAUAAAGACAUUCUGAAGAUCGUUCUUAUCGGCGAUGGAGGCGUCGGGAAGACAAGUUUACGCAAUCAAUUUAUUCACAAGCGGUUUACAAAUGCAUACAAGGCUACUAUUGGAGCCGACUUCAUUACCAAACAAGUGGAGACAGAGGAUGGCAAGAAGGUGAUGCUACAAAUCUGGGACACAGCAGGGCAAGAGCGUUUUCAGUCGCUUGGAGUGGCAUAUUAUCGUGGUGCGGAUGCGUGUAUUCUUGUAUAUGAUGUCAACAACUUUCUCUCGUUUCAACAUCUUGGACGAUGGCGUGAGGAUUUUUUGAAGCAAUCAUCAUUACCGCCAGAAGAAGCGAUGCAUUUUCCAAUGUUGAUUAUCGGCAACAAGAUCGAUAUCGAUGACCGUGUUGUAUCUCGUCGACAAGCACGAGCAUGGGCUGAGCAGAAUUCGAGUGAACGUAUGAAGAUCCCUUGUUUCGAAGCGAGUGCCAAGGAUGGUACAAACGUUGAAGAAGCAUUCACCUACAUUGCCAAAAUCGUCAAAAUCCCGCAACUCGAGUUGGAUCUCAAUGGUGGCGGAUCAUCACUGACAUUGUCAACUUCAGAAUCAACAAAGUCCAAGAAACGCUCAUGUUGCUGA